AUCCAUCAAUUAUAAAAUUGCAUAGAACGUUUGUAUCGUUUUUAGGAAGUAUUUAUAACUUAAAUUGCUAACACUUCUUUCACCCCUUCACUAAAUACCCUGGCCAAUAGGUUUAUGCAGUUGACAUUGUAUGUAUAAUAAUGUAUUUUCUCUCACAUUGUUCUACUAGUAACAUGUGUGUGCUGCAAAUUUUGUUGGUUUUGUUGUGGUGCAUCCACAGUUUGGAGCAUGCAAAUGCAGCAACUCCAACAGUGAAAGUUGGGAAUACAUCAAAAGUGGAAGAUGCUGCAUAUAUCCGGAUAUACUAUGGACAAACCUUCAAGGUUAUUAAGAACACCCUUGAUGCCAAGAGUUAUCUUCUUAUCCAGGAUGUUGAUUGAUAGUGUCAAUGAAGUUGCUUCUCCAAGCCGGUGGAUUUUACAGCCAUGUAUAAGAGCAUACCUUUGACAGAACAAGAUCUUAUAGAAACAACACGAGAAUGGCUAGUAGAACAAAGUAUUGCACCUCAAGAAUAAAGUCUUUUGUUAUCCCACUAGCGAACUACUCAAUCGAGACUGACUACUUCUUUCCAGUUUCCUUUUUCGAGCUAUUAGGCCUAUUGGGAAACUUGAAAGGCAUAACGUCAACGUAUGUGGCCUCCCAAUGCGUACUAAAACUAUACCAAGACGGACUAGUAGAGAGCAUCAACAAGAAUGACCCUCAACAACUUUCACAAUAUGCAGCUCACUUCAUUGCCAACACCGAUGAAGCUCAACCCUGCAACUUUGCCACGUUUGUCCCUAUUGGUGAAGAUGCACCUCUACAGCGUGCAGAGUGGAUAAAAUACUUAGGAGUUUUUGCGAAUAUGGAAAACAGGGCAAACCAAGUCUACUCUGCAAUUAAGGAGAACUAUUUGUGCUUGAGCAAAGCUGCAAUCAGUAGGAAUUCACUUAAACCAACUGUCUCUUGGAUGGAGUAUAAAGAUGGAGUGUGGUCAUUUACAAGAGAUCCAUACAAAUUAAAGUUUGUAGAGGAUGCUGGUGGAGUCAAUGUUGAUGAUUCCAUCAACAAAAUCACAUACAAUAUGUCUAUUCCUGAUGAUUUAGAAGAGUUUCAUGCUAUUCUCUGUACUGUGGAUGUAGUGAUUGAUGAAACAUAUACCUCAGAUCCAGAGGCUUAUAAUGGCUCCACAUUUCUUGGAAACAUCAAUUUGGAAGAUCAAUCCUGCUUUGCUUUUCUCUCAAAUCAAAGCUUGUGGAGAUAUGAUAAAAGAGUACAAAAUUCUACGGUCCUCGACUGGUAUGAUGGAGCUGUCUCUCAACCCCAACUGGUCCUAGCAGAUAUCAUUGAAGCUUUAUAUCCUAAAGGAAAUUAUAACACUACAUAUUUCAGAAAUAUCGCAAAGGGAGAAGGGAUCAUAAGCAUUGGUCCUGAAAUGUGUGAAAGAGAUAGCUCCAUCCCAAUGGAACCUACAGUUGUAGCUUGCCAGUAGCUAGCAACUCUUAUUCAUGAUUCUUCGGUUCUUUUUGCUUUUCGCAUUUUGUUCUGUCAUCAAUUGUUCACAUUUAUUGUAAGCUUCAGAAGUAGAUAUUCUUCAUCAGCUACAGAAAGGAAGACUUGAAGCCAUAAUCAUUGUAGUUAUUAUUCAGAAUGUGAUUACAAACCAAAUCAUGAUACUACGUUGUAGUUAUGUUCA